AAACUCCCUAACCGCACAACAGACUUUCGCGCCAUUUUCCCCACAAUUCCGCAGACAAAGCGAGCGAAACAGAGGGCUGAUUCCAUGGAGGCAACAACCGUCGACGUCGUAGCUGAGAUCUCCAAGGCGAAGGAAGGAGGUGGAACCACCAAGAACGCCGACAACAGCAGCACCGCCGCCAGCAAGAAGCCACUCGAUGUUGCUGUAAUUGCCGCCGCCGCUGCUGACAGCAAGGCUUCCGCUGGUACUUCUCCGACUUGGGUUCUGCCUCCCCGGAAGAAGAAGAAUAGGGUUCAGGUCUCCAAUAACAAGAAGCCCUUCAUCUUCUAUCUCAAUCUUGCCAAGAGGUACCUGAAGCUGUACAGUGACGUUGAACUUUCUGCUCUGGGCAUGGCUAUUCCUACUGUUGUUACCAUUGCUGAGAUUCUGAAAAGAAGUGGACAGGCAACUGAGAAAGCGAUAACAAUUUCUACAGUUAUCAGCUCCGAUGAGGAUAGAAGGGGUCGCCAGAUUGAGAAAGCAAAGAUUCAAAUUGUGCUGGAAAAGGUUGAGAAACUUGACAAGACCUGUGUUGCUGUUGCUACAGUCCUGAAGAAGGAUUCUGAUAAGGAUCCUAGUUCUGCAGCUUGACUAACCAAGAGAUGUUACUGCACUUGAUUUCUGCAGCGUGAUGUUUGCCUGUUUUCCAUUCAGUCUUGACAAUUUAGUAGAUACCGUAAGUGAUUAUCCGAAGUAUAUAGACUAGUUCUUUUUAGAACUGCUGUUAGCAUGAUCAUGCUCUGGAGCAGCAACAGUUUAAUAGGAGCAGAUCUAGCUGAACCUUUCCCUACAUUUCACUCUCUACUGCUUAGAAGCAUGUUGUUCCUUGCUCUCCUUCACUGGUUGUUGACAGGAUGAUGUAGCCUUCCAUUUUUUGUG